UAUUCGAAUAGUCGGGACUCAUAACACAGUGAACAAGAUUUUUCACAUUGUGGCUUUCGAAUGUAUGUUUACAAACAAAACCUUCACUCUGGAGAAGGGGCUGAUAGUUCCCAUGGAGAAUGUUGCAACAAUUGCUGACUGUGCCAGUGUGAUUGAGGGAGUCAGUCGAAGCCGAAAUGCCUUGCUGAAUGGGGACACCAAGAAUUAUGAUUGGGAUUCUGGCUACACAUGUCACCAGCUAGGAAGUGGUGCAAUUGUGGUUCAGCUGGCACAGCCAUACAUGAUUGGGUCAAUACGGUUAUUACUUUGGGACUGUGAUGACCGAAGCUACAGCUACUAUGUCGAGGUUUCCACCAACCAGCAUCAGUGGACCACGGUGGCAGACAGAACCAAAGUCUCUUGCAAGUCCUGGCAGUCAGUUACUUUUGAAAGACAACCUGCCUCCUUCAUCCGCAUUGUUGGAACACACAACACAGCAAAUGAGGUGUUCCACUGUGUGCACUUCGAGUGUCCAGAGCAGCAGAGCAGCCAGAAGGAAGAAAGCGAUGAAUCGGGGACAGGGGACACCAGCUUGGCCAGUCAGCAGCUUGACCCUCAUGCCCUACGGGCACCUGGUGGCAGCUCACUGCCCCCCAGCCCAGACUCCAACUUUCACUCACCCAGCCGGCAGCACCAAUAAAGGGGGCAGUGGUGUGACUUAGGUGGGCCUGUCCUCUGGGCAGGGACCCUUGUGGACUGCCCACCCCCUAUUCCCAGGGCGGAGCAGACAUGGUUGCAAAAGAACAGGUUUUCUUCCAAGGACAGGGAGAAAGACAUUGUUCAUCUGUCCAAGUCAGGCUGGUCUCCAGGAGGAGAACAUGGAUCCUCAGUCUGCAUCAAGUCCACCAUCCAACCCUACCUCUCUAAUCUAACCCAGGCAAAGGAGGAAGUGACAGGCCAAGUUGAAAUACCAGAGCAUGGACUGGAAGCUUGAGGCGCCCUGUGGUAAAUGGGCCUCCACAGUGUGUACCUCUGUGGAGCCACUGUCCUGGCAACUGAGUGGCUUUCCUUCUCUUAGUCACCCUCCAGUUGCUGAGUCAUAAGUGUUCCAGGUCCCUCUGAAAAUGCUCCAAUGGCAAAUCACUUUCCCACCCUCCCUCUGCUGCUAUAAUUUCCCUUCCUUAGCUUUGAACGGUUUUGCAUGGGUUGGAGCAGAGCGUCCGCACACACUCCUGAAUGAGAUGCAGAUGCAGCUCAUCACGGCACCUGGUCUGACGAGGAAAAUCCUUUGAGGAAGUUCAACCAAAUACACAAUGAGCAAAUCAAUCUGUGGACCUAGAGUUAAUAAUCACUCAAAUUGCUGAGUUAUUAACCUGUCAUUUCUGCAAUGUACCAGCCUUAAUGCUCGGGAGGCUGACAAAAAAGCGGUUGUCAUGCCAGCUGCUAGUUUAACGUUCAGUUUGCGUGUAGACAAGCAUGUACCAGGUGCCGAACCUGCUCAGACUUGCUGGGCCUCAGCUGCCCUCUGUUUUUGUUUGGCCAGUGAUGCGGGCCCCCUCUCAUCAGUGCCAGGAGCACAGACAUGGGACCCCAGGCCAUUCCCUGGCUGCUGUGUUUCCCCAUAGCAGCACACAGCUGGAUAUUGCAAAAGCAGCUCUAAGAAGCUUUCCUCCUAGUCCUCAUCACAGAGAUCCCAUGUGACUAUUACAGCUCCUCCACUCCUCCUGUCACUUGCUAGCAACCUCCCUAUCAGUGCUGGCCACCCUGGCAACUUGCUUUGGUGCCCAUCUGCAGUACGGUUCGUCACACUUCUCCCCGUCUGUUGCUGUUAGCUCCAGCCUGAGUGCCUCCGGCCUGCAGCGAGGCCAGUAGGCAGGCUGUGCAGCGAUCCCUGGGUCCUGCAUGGCCUAGGAAUCUGCUCAGAGGGGGGCCAAGAACUUGAUGGGGGGUGGUCUUCCCAGUGUCUAAAGAUGCCUUGGUCAGAGUGUAAGCAGAAGGAACAGGUCACUUAGUUGUUUUCCUCUAGGCUAAGAUAGUUUGGGGUGAAUCAUCACACUGAAGUACUGGGCAGCAUCAAACUGCACGGCUCUUGGGAUGUUCGUCUCUAUGUGACACAGGCCAGGCCAGCAGGCAGCAGAAGGUCCAGGGCAGGAAAACUGGUCCUGGGGGAAGAAGUGCCAGUCAACGGUCCGCAGCUCUGAUCUCUACCUGCUCAUCUGGUGGCCGUGAGACCCACCUCUGGUGCCUGCCUCUCCUGAUGUGAGGAGGCUCCCAUGACGAAUGGCAGGGUGCCCACCAUGAUUGGAAACCACUCCUCUGUCAGCAUCCAGCCCCCAAUUGUCAAUUACCUGGAAGAGCUCCUGCCCGCUC